AUGAGUGCCAGGUCCAGUGAGUGUAGUUCUCCAAAUCUGCAAUGCUGUUUUCAGCACCGCAAAUGCUACGAGGAAGCGCUGGAGAUGGAGUGCACAUGGGACCCAUCCAAGAUUUCUGCAGAUUUCAGCUGCUCCACUAAAAACCUGACCUGUGAGUCUGUGGAUCCCUGUGAACAGUUCCUCUGCACCUGUGACAAAGAUGCCAUUGAAUGCUUUGUGAAUGCAGAGAUUAACUCCUCCUUGAAUGGGCUGGAUGUCUCUUCCUGCCCAUCUCCAGUUACAGAGGUGGUUCACCAAGGGACUGAUGAAACACGGGUUGUGACUGCAUCUGUGGAAGAAGUGGUUUCUUUUGAGCCUCAUGACAGAGUCUUGGCAACUUCUAAAGCCACAGUUACCUCAAGGAACCACAGAGGCACAGCUCCUGCUCCCCCCAUCCUCUCGAUUAAAGAAGAAGAUGGAUUUAUGGAGUCUUUGGUCUCAGUGGAAGAGAUAACCACAUCCCCAGCCUCAUUCCCAGGAGACAGUAACUCAAUGCAAGUCAAAAUUGUUCCCACCAGCAAGAGUCCUGCAGGCACACCUGCAAGGACAAAAGGAAAAGAAACAAGCUCUGCAAGGGGUGGCCUGAGCACAGCUGCCUCUGGAAUAGCUCUGGACCUGGGACUGUCUGAGAGAGGAUCUGAAGGAAAAGUGUGUGAGCGAUUGACCUUUCUGCAAGAGAGAGGACGUGGAAGAGUGAAGAGGGAGCUGCCCCAGCUUGGAGAAAUGCUGUUCUGUUUAACUGAGAGAUGCCCAGAGGAAUUUGAGUCUUAUGGCUGCUAUUGUGGCCAAGAGGGAAGAGGUGAUCCCACCGAUGCACUGGACAGUUGCUGCUUCUCUCAUCAGUGCUGUAUGGAGCAAGUUAAGAAACUUGGAUGUCAUGCAGAAAGAAAUCUGAGAUCUGAAGUUGUAUGUUUGGAUCAUACUCCAAAAUGUAAGCUUGUGUGAGAGGAAAUGACAGUGUAUCAACAUGAUAGACUGAAUGACACUAUGACAGAGCUGCUAGAGAUGAGUACAGAGACAGAAAUAUUUACCAUAAACUUGAACUUUUUCCCUAGUUGAGAAAAAGGUUAUUACACUGCUGUGCAUAUGACCAGGGCAGGCUGAGAAAAUUUCAUUCAGACAUUUUAUAAUUGCAGACAGAAGUCAGCUAUUUGUGUAUUUACAUUCACAAAUUAAACUAAAGCCAAUAGAAAUUUCCACUGCCCAGCACCUUGGUGUCAGGCUUUUGUUUAGGUAAUUAAUGGUGACUUUGGAGACUAAAAUUCAUGGCAGAUUUGAAAAUUUUAU